AUGCGUGGCCCGUCUCUCGUUCCCUACUCUGACUCUGAGCCAGCAAGUCCCCAAGCUGACAACAAUGUACACAACUCGGCAGCACAGCAGAUUUUUCAAGAACAGUCUCCGCUGAAGCCCCUGCUGAAGUCACUUCCACAACGUCGAGUCCACCAAUCUCCGCAGCCGACAGUUCAACCAGAACAGCAGCUUGAUGAACGGCAGCCCCAACCAACGCCCGACGAAGUAACCAGCUGGAUCACUCGAUACUGGGACCUCACACACCCCCUCCUCGAAAGCAAUCCCGCCGCUCCUACCUCACCAGAAGUCUUGCUCCACUAUGCCUCGCGCCCACCGGCCCUCACCAUCGCCCAAUCGCUACAACUCCACCUCGACAGCCUCGUCGCAGAGUCCGACCAGCGGGACAAUCUCCAGCACCGCAUCACCACCCACCUCUACGACGAAGAUCUAUCAGGCCGCGUCAACAUCGAGCUGAACCGGCAGAUGCGUGUCGCCGGCUUCACGCCGCCGCAGAUCCUCAGCAGCGGACAAGAGGCGGUUCAGAAGGUGCGCCACAUCCGAAACCACGCCGCCAUGCAGCGGGCGCGCGACCUCGUCACCGGCACCACAGACCGCGACCUCGAUUUCAGCGUUGUGGCGAUCCUGCAGCGCGACGGCGCCGUCCUGGCCUCCGACCUCGUGCACUGCAGCGUAUCAUCAUCGACUUGCUGGGCUGAGUUCCAGCGCUAUCUCGCGGCUGCCUCGGUGUCGUGGCAAGCGGAGCUGAACGGGUUUCCGGCUGGCUGUGGGAGCGAGAACGGCGGCUGGAUGUAUCUCGUGCAGCCGCCUCCGGACCCGGUGGGGCUGCAGCAGUUCCGGCAGCUGGGCAGCGAAGCGGACUUCACGGUAUUGAAGGCGGUUGUCGCGGCUGGCGGCGAGGUGCAGGUGUGGCAUCAUCUUACGGUUGCGCAGAGCGGGGCGUUGAAGGCGGAAUGGGACUUCUUGGUCCACCGCGUUGUUGAGCCUGCGGACGAGCCGCGGAAUGAGGAGGGUUACUCGUAUUUCUGGCCAUGGUUUGAUGCGUAUGAUGUGUUGAGGGUUCCGGACGAGGUGUUUAAUGCUCAGUGUCUUCGGGGAUCAUGUUGA